CAGCGAUGACCACAAUCAUGGUUAGAUUGUCGUAAAGUGUAGCGCCGGUUUCCGACUGCGUGGACCAUAGCUAGUUUAUGUUUCUCAAAAAGCUAAUUGCUUUAUCGAACGAUGGUACAGCUUGGCUUCAAAACGCUUGUCUCGUAUGAUACCGAACAAUCGGCCGAUUCAGUCGAAUGGUGUCCUCACGAAGGAUGGCAAAAUAUAUUUGUCUGCGGUACUUAUCAGCUCGAACGCGACGAUGCCACGUCAACGGCUAACCGGGAGGGUAGAAUUCUUCUACACAAGUAUGAUGCUGAUGGUCCGGAACCGCUAGUCCUACUACAAACUAUUCAGCGUAAGGCUGUUCUGGAUCAAAAGUGGAAUCCCAUCUACACGGAUCGACUAGCUGUAGCUGGGGCUGAUGGAUCAGUUGCCGUUUAUAGGCUGGAUCUGGCGGAAGACCCGCGACUUGAGCUGCAAUCAUCAGCCAUCCUACGAGGCGAAGAGACGGAUGGCCGUAACAUAUUGGCGCUGGCCCUUGAAUGGAGCUCCGAUGGUAAACGACUCGUUGCUACUGAUUCACAUGGGUGUGUAGAAGUAUUCAGUUUUGGCGAUACGGCUCUGCUACCCAUACACAACUGGAAAGGACAUGGCUUCGAAGCAUGGACAUGCACGUUCAGCCAGCACCAUGAGGAUGUCGUUUAUAGCGGUGGAGACGAUACCUUCCUUUGCGCCUACGAUAUACGAUGCCCAAAGGAACCUGUUUUAAAAACGAAAAACAAAAGCCAUACCGCAGGAGUAACCUCUCUAUUGUCUCCGAAGCACAAAGAUCAUGCUUUACUUACGGGUAGUUACGACGAAAUGAUACGGAUCUUCGACGACCGGCAGCUGAAACACAAUGUAGCCGAGCAUGGGCUAAACGGUGGUGUUUGGCGUUUGCGAUCGAAUCCACAAGGACAUCCGGAAAGGAUUUUGUGUGCUUGCAUGUACCAUAACUUCAGUGUGGUUGAGCUUACGACAAACGGUACUUUUGAACUUAUUGGAGAGUAUGGAGAGCAUGAAAGCAUUUGCUACGGUUGCGAUUGGCAACGUAUAGAAAGCAAGGAAAAUGUCAGGAACAUUAUCGCGACAUGUUCAUUCUACGAUCAUAAAUUGUGUGUUGUUGAAGUAAGUUAAUCUUAGCUGAAUACGUAAAACCUU